AUGCCUUCCAGUACCACAGUCGAAAUGACCGCUCCCCAGCGUGUGCUCUCAAUCCCCGAGCUACUCGGCGAGAUAUUCGAAUGGAUUGCCCUCAAAGAAAACCCAAAGCACCGCUCCCAACCAUGGAUAUGCCACUGCAAUGGGCCUUGCAAAUGCCCCAAUAACACAACUCUCCGCCGCUGCGCCCUCGUCAAUCACCUCUGGUUCCAAGAAGCAAUGCGCCUCCUCUGGGAGAGACCCGGAAAACCAAAUGCCAACCCAUUCAGUCGAAUCCCGCCUGCUCGACGACAGAUCUACGCAAACUUUGUGAAAAUCUUCUGUCUCAGUCUUCGACUAAGACAUCAUAGAUGGCUGGGCAAGCAGAAGAAAGUGCUGAGGGAUAUAACCUUUCCUAACGCGACAAUCGCAUACAUUUACGCUUUCCCUGGUCUGGACAAGCUUGAAGUUCCACCUUUCAGGGCUCCCGCGCUUAAAACCCUGUACCUUCUUAUGCAAGAUCUUUGGUAUUCGUUUGAUCGGGACUCGGAAAUUCCAUACAAGCUUGCGCGGCGCAUCAAGACACUGUUUCCAACCCUGAAGAGACUGGUCAUCGCAGAUGUUUCAUUUCUGGCAACUAGAUGCGCUCAGAUCAUGCCUGAGCAGCUUCCGGGCGUCGACGUCUCCAGUGACGCGGAUUUGGACUUUGAAUUGCACUAUUGA